GCUUUGGACACGCGAGGAGGGAGGAAUGCGCGCUCACUCCUCCGCAAAUUCAAACUACAAUUCUCUCUCUUUCCCUCUUUCUUCUUCUCGCACCACCCUCUCUCACUAGAUCCAACUCCCUCAAACCCUAACGCUCCAAAACAAAAAAAAACCCCUCGCUCUUAAAUUUCAUCUUCCGACACUCAUCAAACACCAUCUAUACCUUUGACUCAACCACAUGAACGAGGAUUGCAAUUCCAGAACAGCGUCGCUGUUGUUGUCCUCAUCCUCCUCCCCUUCGAAUUCCAAGAAUUUGAGGUUUGUGUUUCAGAUCGUGGGAGAUAAGCGUGGAAGCUCUCACGCGGGUCACGGCGCUCGGAAACGGGUUAAGAUGAAAGAUCUUGACGCCGUUGUUCACUCUGUGGAAACGAAUAGCCGUUAUUCGGGAUUCAAAAACGACAAAGAAAACACUGUGCAGUGGUCGUUGGGAGCUACGGAUGGUUCUCAACAAGCGAAAACGGGAAGGAAAGCGAUGUCAGAAGAGUUUAAUUUUGCGGCUAGGCCUCUGGAUCUCAACACUGAUGUGUGCAAAAGUGGAGGGUGUGAGAAGCAAGAAAAAGGACAUGCUAAUUUAGUAGUCUCGAGGGGAAUUAAUGUGGAUCUGAAUGUAGAAGAUGUUACCAGCCCUGUGAAUUUGGAAGCCGCGAAUUCCUCUAAAGGGCACAAUCCUUUUAAGUCGAAGGAUGUGUCCGAGAGUGGGAGCUGUGUUGGACCUUUGGGGGAUAAAGAUCCGAUGACGAAAUGGAAACAGAUGAAGGAAUAUGGUUUUUGGUCGCCCUCUCACGCUGGCAUUCCAAAGCCAAAACAACGUGGAAGGAAAAGUAAGAAUGAAGUGCUUAAGAGAAAGAUAGAGCUUGCGAAGAGGGAACAGGUUAACCGGUUUACCAAGAUUGCUGCUCCAAGUGGACUGUUGAAUGACUUGAACCCCGGAAUUAUAAAUCAUGUGAGGAAUAGAAAACAAGUGCUUUCAAUUAUUGAGAAUCUUGUAAGGUCUGAAAAACAUGAAAGCACUAGCGCGGGGAGUAAGCAAGCAGCACAUCGAAUACAUGGAAGUGUAGAAAUUAGUAAGAGGGAUCAACAAAAUGUGGCUGAUGUAGGUGAGCAUCAGCAUGCCUUUGCUUGUGAGGAAGGGGCCCUUCAUAGCUCUUCAGGGAACAGACAAGCUAGAAAGUUUCCUGUGACAAUGGAUGAUUCUUCUUCUUUGAUUUUGGAGGGUAAAGUUUGUGAUCGUGACACAGGCACUUUAGAGAAAGGUAGUCUUAAAGGUGGUGUGACACAGUCAACGAAUGUUGCAGAGGAUGAUGUUUUGGCUCUGAAACUAUCAUCUGAAACGAGGGCAUCAAUGAGUUCCACCACUUUGUCAAAUGAGGAAUCCUCAAAUGUCACUAUGGUUUCAUCCCUUUCCCUAAAAGCUGCUACUGUUGCUUCUCAAUGGUUGGAGCUUCUACAACAAGACAUCAAAGGACGCCUUUCAGCUUUGCGUCGUAGUAGAAGGAAAGUUCGAUCUGUAAUCACUACUGAGUUGCCGUUCCUUUUAUCAAAAGAAUUUGGAAAUAACCAAGACUAUGAUCCUUGCACUGUGGAAAUGUCUGCGGGACUUCCCACUAGCAAAAUAGCAGAUAUGCAUCGGGCAAGAUGGAGUUCUUUGUUUGAUCAUAUGGAUGCAGCUCUUUCUGAAGAGGAAAAACAACUUGAAUGUUGGUUGAAUCAAGUAAAAGAAAAGCAAUUACUAUGUGACCAGGGUAUACAACAUGUAAACUGGAGCUCGGCUUUUGGUUUACAACAGUUGGGGAAUUCAGAAAACAACUCCCGAGCAACAUUUGAUAGCUCGGAGAAAGACUUAGCGGUGAAUGCAGCUGCUGCUUCCAUAUAUUCAACAUGUAAUUUUCUAUUGUCAGAGAGCUAACCUGUAUUUGACUUAGAGUUCAUGCAUUCAUGUUAGAAUCUUUUAUUUUUUUCAUCCUUAAUGAAAUGACCAGUAAUUGUCAUGGGCACGUAUAAAAACUAAAGUCUAGGCCCUCGUGUAUGCGAUUAUGAUUGUAACAUUAGUUGAAUAUAAUUUAUUUAUUUUUACUUUUUUUCUGCCCGUCAGUAAAUUUGAUUGUAGUUAGAUAUCUCAUCACUGAAGACCAUUUUUGUUAAUGA